AUGGCAGACAAUCAAGACACGGUUGCGGCAAGCAAGCAAGACGCAGCUGCGGCAAGCAAGCAAGAUGCGGCUACGACAAGCAAUCAAGACGUGGCUGCGACAAGCAAUCAAGACCACAAUCAACCUACUACUGCAACGACUGCAACAUCUACAACGGCUGGAACAUCUACAACGGCUGCAACACCAGUUACGCCUGUCACGCCUGUUGAGCCUGCCAGGCCUGUUGAGCCUGUCAAGCCUAUUGAGCCUGUCGAGCCUGAUAGGCCUCCAUCGCCUGCGACAUCUGCAACGGCUGUAUCAAGAGCCCCGAAUUCCAAGUGGUACAACAUAGAUAUCCCAUGGAACAUCAAGUUUUGGCUUGAUUGUCACUGUUGGAGCGUCCGGGCGAGAAUAACGUCGCCGGCGAACUUCCUACAGAAGUUCGAAGACGGCGGUGUGAGGUUUCGAAUGAAUUGCAUCGAGGCAAACGAUAAUCUGCGUCGCAUAGUCGUCAGAAAAUACUACCCACAGUGUGACGACCCGAAACAUCCGACGAUCGAAGACCUGAAGAUUGCUUUGGUACGGGUGUGCCAGAAGAAGAGCGAGAACAUCGAAGAUUUGUACAAUAAGUUCGACGGUCACUGGUAUUGGUCCACGGAAGGCAACCCAGACAUGGAUGACGAAAGGAUUACAGGCGUAUGGCUGCAUGGCUCAUACGUCUUGAACCCCAAUCCUCCAUCAAUCCUGAAAGUGACGGCGCCUCCUGUCAAUGAGUCCGAGGUCUAG